UUUCUAACAAAAAAUUUCUUGGCUUCAUUUUUUUGUUUGUUAAUCUACUUUUAAAAAAGAGAUUUAAAUUUUACAAUAAAAAAAAAGUAAUUUACUUCUAAAAUGGCGAGUCAUACUACAAACAGUAAAAAUUAUAAUAUGAAACUUAUUGAUACUCUUUAUAAUCAAGUUCCAGCUUUUACUGAUGUAUUUGAUGAAGAAACAUGGUACAUUUUCGUUGCCUGCUUUGUAGCAGGCACAUUUUUAGUUGCAUUUAUCCUUUCUAGAUUUAUUACACUGAAACCUGUAGAAUAAAUUUACAAAAAUAUUGUUUUAAAAUUUGUAAUUUGUAUUCAUAUAGAGAAGGCAUCAAAUACAUUUGACAAAUUUGAUUAACAUUAUAUUGUAAUAAUAAAAUUUUCUAUAUGUUCCAUAUGAUAUGUAAAUGCAAAACACUUAUUAUAAUCAAAUAUUAUAUUAUACUAUUAUAUACAAUAUUAUAUUGAAGUAUAUUCAAUUAUUUGAAAUAUUUAUUUAGUAGUUAUAUUAUUUCCUAUUGUGAAGUGUUGAUUAAUUAGUUUUAUAUACUCUUUUCUGCUUUGAACAUGCAAUCUAUCAAAUUGACAUUUAUAUUAUAUAGUUUUCAUAAAUGUAUUUUGAUGAUUUUAGUGAACGUUAAAUAAUUUGUAUCUUUAAUGUAAUAAAAGUUAUCUAAUAAAAUUAACAAAA